GGCACAGGUUCCCUGCUGCCUGGCCAGGAAUGGAGCAGGAGCCUGCCCAAGGCACAAGUGGGGGUUGGGGUCCUGCCCAGCCUGGCCUGUGGCUCGUCAGGGAGUUGGGGAAGAGAUGGCAAGUAUUGGGAGCUCUGAUGCUCCUUACCUGCUCCUCCUUUCUUGUCUUCUAUAGGAGGUGGUGGGAGAGGAACGAGGCACCCCCCAGAGCAGGAGCUUCACCAUGGCAGAGACCACCUCAGCAGGCUUUGUGCUGAACUACACCGUUACUGGGUACACUGGCCUUACUGAAAACACCACAUAAGAAUGCUUCAUGCUGAGUUAUGAAUAUAAGGUCAAAUUAGGUGUCUUUCUUGGGAUUUCUUUCUGUGGACUUGUGGAUAAUGCGAUAGUCAUGCGAUUCCUGUUCUUCCACGUAAAGAAGAACCCAUUCACUGUCUAUACUCUAAACCUGGCUGUUGCCGACUUCUCUCUGCUCCUCCUCUUUUCUCUGCUCCUGUUACUAUCUUUGAGCUUAACCAUUUGCUCUCUCUUUGAUGACAUUUUAUACAUUUACAUUGCAUUUGAGUUUUUAUGCUACUUCUUUGAUGUCAGCAGUCUGGGUCUCCUUACCGCCAUCAGCAUGGAGCGGUGCGUCUCCGUUCUCUUCCCCAUCUGGUAUCGGUGCUGUCGCCCAAAGCACUUGGCAGGCACUGUGUGUGGGCUGCUGUGGGCUUUCAGUGGGUCUUUGGUUUCUUUCAUGUAUCUCAGCUUUAGCUUUGGCAGAGAACACGUGAAAACGUAUGGAGCUGUAGCCAUUGCAAUCUGUGUGACUUUUUCAUUGAUUAUGUUGAUUUCCAACCUCUUCCUGUUCAUCAAACUCCAGCAUCCAGGUUUUCGGCUACGGCACCCAGGGAAACUCUACGUUGCUGUCCUGAUCAACACGAUCUUCUUCUUUGUCUUUGCUAUUCCUUUCAGCAUGGAGUUAUUUCUCAGUCUUGCAGGCAGACUGCAAUUGCUUCCUGAAGACAUCUCUCUGCUGCUGGCAAUGCUGAACAGCAGCAUCAAUCCUGUCAUUUACUUCCUGGUGGGGUGCUGCUGACAGCGUGGCUCCCCGUGCUCAGUGACUGCUGCCCUGCGCAAAGUGUUUGAGGAGAAGGUGACCAGUGAGGAGGGCAGCCCUGCAGCUGAUGACAAAGUGGCUGAGACCACGGUGUGAAUCACUGCUGGUGAGGAGGCCUGGGGAUGCAAAGCCCUCAUCACAGCUGAAGCUCCGUGGGAGGGUGCAUGGCAGAGCCAGCACAACGCUGCCCAAUUCAGACACUGUCCAUUUGCGUGUGCUGUAUUCCCCAUUGCAAACAACUCUCCUUACCCUGUAAAUAAACUCUGGUUCCCUGUGGUCAGCAGAUGAGUUUCAUGGUCUUUGUGGUGAUCUGCUGAAGGAGAGUAUGGCAUGUGAUCCCUGGGGGAUCAUGAGACAUCUCUGCUAUUCAAGGGCUCUUCAAAAAGGAUUGCACAAAUGGGCAAGUCAAUGGAUCUGACUGGGAAACAAGGGUAGAGAAGCGGGGUAGAGAAGAAGACAUGGGAUAGUAUUACAAUUUACAGGAUAGAGGGGAGGGAGGGAGAAGGAGAGAGAUGAGGCAGAAAGAGAGGGAGAGAAUGAGCAUGCGACAGGAGAUAGAGCAAAAACAGUGAACUGUCCCCAUGGUGCAGAUUAGUAAGAUUUGGUGAGACAAGAAUCUCUUACAGAUAAAACCCCAUUUUCAGCCCUCUCCAACCUUCAGAAGCAAUCUGUGAAGUGACUUGCCUGGGCUGUUCGAUAAGAGGCAGUGUGUGAAGCCCUGAUUCUGUCAUACAUCCACACGCUGCUGAUUUCUCAGUGUGGAGGGUCUCCUGGUCCAGCACCAGACACAUGCAGUGGAACCCAGCAUCCCCAAAUGGCAAGGCAAAGCUGGUGGGUGGGGGAAAGAAAAGGAAAGAAGUGGUAGUUAGGGGCUGUAGGCAGAGAUGGCGAGUGUUGGGACCACCAAUACCCCUCACCUGUCUUUUCUUCCUUGUCUCUCACAGGAGGUGGUGGGAGAGGAAUGAAACAACCAACUUCACACCUUCACUGUCUGUAUCCUAACUCUGGCCAUCACCACUUUCAAUCCGAUCUUUUGUUUUGCUUACCAUUUGCAGU